AUCGAGCAGUUUCAGGACUAGCUCGCCCAGGCAACUAGACACGCUAGAUCUAAACCAUUUUUAAAGAACAUUUUCAGUAGAAACUCUCGUGGCGCGGCGAAUACGCAGCUCUAAAGGAGUGCACGCACCCUCCCACCUCACUCUCACCUUGGAGCCGCGUCGUCUGGCGAAAAAAUCGCCCGCAGCAUGCGAUUUUAUGCGUACCGUCCUCCCACCCUUCCCGUCGCGACCAGCCCUCCUGCUCCUUGCGCGGGCUGCUGUCCGUGCUGCCCGCUGCUCUCUCUGCUCACGCUUGCACUGCCCGCUGCUGCUGGCUGCUGUCCCCUGCUCGUGCUGCACGCUGCCGCCCGCUGCUCGCGCUGCCCUCUGUCCGCUGCUCGCCGCCUGCUACGUGCCGCCCGCUGCGCUCCGCCCGCUGCUCGCCGCCCGCUGCGCGCCGCCCGCUGCUAGCCGCCCGCUGCGCGCUGCACGCUGCUCGCCGUCUGCUGCCUGCCGCCCGCUGCUCGCCGCCCAUUGCUCGCCCGCUGCCCGCCUGCUGCCCGCCCGCUCGCGCACCCGCGCAGUUGCCAGCGCAGCCGCCGCAGCCGCAGUUGUAGCCGCGGGAAGGGGAAGGAUAGAGGAUGGAUAGGGGAAGGAAAGAGAGGGGAAGGAGAGAGGACCGUAGGGGGAAAGCGAGAGGACCGUAGGGGGAAAGAGAGACGACCUUAACCCCUGCACUCAUGCUCGCCCCCAGCACUCAUGCCUUUCCCUCCCUCAACCAACCACCCUCCUUCCCCGCAGGAGCUGGCAGCCUUCCGAGAGAAAAGGUAGAGAGAGUGAGGGCGAAUUUUGUGCCCUUCCGUGCCCCUCUCAUUGCCCUCAAUCCCAGCGUCUUCCCCUCUCUUCCUCUCCGCUUCCCCCUCUCUCCCUCUCCGCUUCCCCCUCUCUUCCUCUCCACUUCACCCUCUCUCAUCUCCCCCUUCUCCUCCCCCCCUAUCCCCCUUUUCCCCCUUCCUCUCUCCCCGUUUUGUUUCUUCCCCCUGAUUUCUUUCCUCCCUCCUGCUCCCAUUCUCUCCCCCUGCUUUCAUUGCUCCCCCUCCCAUUCUCUCCCCCUGCUUUCAUUGCUCCCCCUCCCAUUCUCUCCCCCUGCUUUCAUUGCUCCCCCUCCCAUUCUCUCCCCCUGCUUUCAUUGCUCCCCCUCCAAUUCUAUCCCCCUGCUUUCAUUGCUCCCCCUCCCAUUCUCUCCCCUUGCUUUCAUUGCUCCCCCUCCCAUUCUCUCCCCCUGCUUUCAUUGCCCCCCCUCCCAUUCUCUCCCCCUGCUUUCAUUGCUCCCCCUCCCACUCUCCCACUGCUUUCGUUCCUCGUCCCUGCUCCAGUUCUCACCCCUUCUUCAUUGUUCCUCCCCUCAUGUCUUCCAUUUCCUCCCAUUCCUCUCCCUGAUUCCCUUCUCACCCCCGUUUUGCUGGUUUCAGGGCGGGCACGGCUGCCCUGGGGACAUGACCUUUGGGUGCGCUUCACUCCCCCUUCUUCCGCCUUCCCCUCCUUGCACCUUCCCCUCCUUGCACCGUUCCCUCCUUGCACCGUUCCCUCCUUCCACCUGUUCCUCCUUACCCCAACUCCCUUCCACUCAGAACCUGAGUACCUUGCUCCCCUCCCCCCUGCAGUCAUGCUCAGCCCGAGCCUAUCUCAAAAUCUCUUGAGCUCGUCUCUCUCUCCCUCUCUCUCUCUCUCUCUCUCUCUCUCUGCCCAUCUCUCUGUCCAUCUCCCCGUCAUCCGUUUCUCCCAUACUCCUCCCAUUUCCCCCUUCCCCCUUCCUUUCACUGCACGGAUAAAAUCUUGCAGGGUGUUGGGCUGAGAAAAGCCCUUAGGAUCUUUCCAGAGACUAAGUCCAAGUUGUAAAAGGAGACUUUGAGUAGUGCAGCAGAAGUUGAGUAGUUGAACCCUUGUACUAGUAUGUGAGAACAAGUGAUUGAUUAAAGGAACAAGCAUACAGCAAUAUAUAGAAAGUAGGAAAGUAAAGCAGUUGUAG